CCCGCUAUUGCACGUGAUGGGGGUGGUGCGAACGCCGAGCUGCAACUUUCAAAUUCUGCUCCCGAAUGUGAUGUCCGAUGGCACAUGCCAAUGAAAAUAAGUUGGUUUCAUAAGAGACCCGGCCCCGAGUGGCCGCCGAUUGUAUCGAUGAUGGGAGAGAGAGGAUUCUCGGACAAGCAAAUGCAGCACGUCCCCGCUAGGCGGCCGAGGGUUGUGUGCACAUCGAUGAUGGAGGACAGGGGGGAGACGCUAGGUAACGAAGUGCAGUAUGUUCCAGCUGCGCCUGCUGCGGACACUGAGAAUGACCUGUCAUUCGAUCAAGAAGAGCUGCCUGCGAUGCAGAGUAGAGAGGAAGAGAGCUUGAUGGGGGUGGUGGAAUGGGAUAGUGAAGUUCAGAUGCAUAGAAGGGCAAAUAUUUCGCAUUCAUUUGCGUCUGCUAUCGGGGUUGGGGAGAUGGCGGGAGGAGCAGAGUUGAAUGUCGAGGCCGCCGAGUUCCGCAGCGAAGGGCUGACAGGGGAGUCGACAAGAGGCGAGGGUGGUGCCGCUUUCGAUGGGAUGAUGGAACCAUUAGGAGCAUGGUCUCGCGAAGAUGAAGAAGAGGCUAUUGGGGUCAGGGUCUCUGGACUCGGAGCAGACACAAUGACGGAGGAGGCUAGAGAGAGCGUGUGGUGGAUGCCCAAGGAACGUGAGGGUGUUCUGAUUGUGGACAGCGUGGAGAUGGCUAGAGAGGCAGUUCGGCUGCUCAUGGAUAGACACUGUGACCGUAUCCAUGCAUGCGAUACAGAGGUGACAAACAUCGAUAUCAAGAAUGAGAGCCCUGUAGGGCAUGGGGAGGUGAUCUGCUUCUCCAUUUACUGUGGGCCGGGUGUGGAUCUUGGGAACGGGAAGAGUUGCAUCUGGGUGGACGUGCUAGAUGGGGGUGCGGAGGUGCUUCAAGAAUUCAAACCCUAUUUUGAGAGUGCAAACAUCAGGAAGGUGUGGCACAACUACAGCUUUGACAGGCAUGUGCUCGCCAACCAUGGCAUUCAUGCAGAUGGAUUCUUUGGAGACACGAUGCACAUGGCGCGGCUAUGGGACUCGGCAAGGAGAGGAGAGAGUGGAUACUCGUUGGAAUCGCUGACGUCGGAUAAGAUGGUGAUGAACGGGCAUGUGGGAGAUGUGUGGGAAGGGGAGGAAUUUUGCGGCAAGAGAUCGAUGAAGGCGAUUUUUGGCUCUCCGAAUAUGAAAAAGGAUGGCACGGAGGGCAAGUUAGUUGUUGUGCCUCCUGUCGUCGAGCUUCAGAAGUCUCUGUCCACGCGCGAUCAGUGGAUUCAGUAUUCGGCUUACGAUUCUAUCAGCACAUGGGUGCUGUGGCAAAGUCUAUGCAGGAAGCUUCAACAUGUUCCGUGGGUGAGGGAGUUCGACCAAUACAAAGGGACAAUGCUAGACUUCUACGAAAUGUACUGGCGGCCGUUUGGGAGGUUGUUGACGGACAUAGAGAGGGAGGGGAUUCUCAUCGAUCGCCAGCACCUACAGGAAAUAGAGGCCAUUGCGAAGUCAGACCAGGAACGGGCUGCAGAUCGGUUCCGGCAUUGGGCGGCCAAGAUGUGUCCAGAUGCAAAGCGGAUGAAUGUCCGGAGCAUGGCACAGAUACAGCAGCUUCUGUACGCUGGCGCGAGCAAUCGGAAGCAGCCAGAGCAGAAGCUCCCGGAGGAGCGGACAUUUUCAGUGCCGAACCUGGACGGAUAUGUUCAGCCCGGCCGUGAGGGAAAGCCACCUAAAAAAAACCGCCCAAUCACGUUGCAUGGUCUUAGUAAGACUGUGCCGGUUGAAGCGUACACCUCGUCUGGAUGGCCUUGCGUCAAUGCAGCAGUGCUUAAAGCUCUCGCGGGGAACAUUGUGGCAGAUUACACAGAAGAAAUGGAGGAUUUGGAAGCUGAGGGAGGAGGAGGAGGAGGAGGAGGAGGAGGAGGAGGUGGAGAAGAGGGUGUCGUGGAUGUCCCACAGGAAGGAGAGAUGGUGGCGGUGGCGGAGGAGGAGGGGGAGGAGGAGGAGGGGGAGGAGGAGGAGGAGGAAGAGGGAGAGGAGGAAAGGGUGCCAGGGGGAGAGGAUACGGCAGACAGGGAGGUGGUGCCUGAGCAAGUGGAGAGGCCCGGACAAGAUUGUGGUGCUGUCGGUGCGAAAGAGAGCUUUUCCAGAAGAGAAGGGGUGCAGGAUUUGAAAGUGGAAGAGAACCUGGAAGAUAACGAUCCCUGCAAGUACGGAAAAGCAUACGCAGCGUUUGGUGGUGGGAGGUCUGGUAGAGAGGCAUGCAUGGCGAUUGCUGCUCUCUGCGAGGUGUCUGCUAUAAGCACGUUGUUGUCGAGUUUCAUUUCACCUUUGCAGGGCACUGAAGUGGUUGGGCCCAAUGGCAGAGUCCAUUGUUCGUUAAACAUCAAUACGGAGACAGGAAGGCUCUCAGCACGGCGGCCAAAUUUACAGAAUCAACCUGCAUUGGAGAAAGAUAGGUACAAGAUCAGGAAAGCGUUUGUGGCGGCACCUGGUAACUCGCUGAUAGUUGCAGAUUAUGGGCAGGUCUGCUCAAGUUUCUGGUUGGGGAUUUUUCGGUUUUGUUUGUCCUCAAGAAUUUAUAACAACUUUACAUAGACCUACAUCUUUCAAAAGACGAGCAAGUGAACUCUGUUUUUUUUUUCUUUUUUUUUCUUUGAACAAUAUUCUGGGCCGGUCUGUUUAAGUUCCUGGUUUUCCUCAAAGAGGUGACAUAGACCUACGUACGUUUAUGAAAAGACAGCCAAGUGAACAGAGUGAGACGGAAGGGUGAAUGAAAGUUAUCGAGGCGU